AUGAGAAAACUUGCGACUUUGAGCUAUCUGCAGUUAUUUUUGUGCCUUUUUUCUUCAUUUGUAAUCCAAGGUUUUGCGGAUGGCAAUAACAACUCUGCAAGCAAGAAGUCCGCUGCAAAUUCAACUCCGUUGACAAUUCUCUUUGUGUUCUUGGGGGUUUUAGCUGUUGUUGGAUUUUCAAUUUUCCUAUACAAACUGUGGCAAAGGAAGAAGAGGGAGGCACAACACGCACGCCUUCUGAAGCUAUUUGAACAAGAUGAUGAGCUCGAGACGAUAACCGGCGAUUUGCAAACCUCGACAACCGGCGACCUCACCUUCGAGCUCUAUUCGGCGACCUUCGACGGGCCCCGACCUCCAAUGGGCUGCGACCUUCGCAAGCCGACCGCCGCCCACCCCGUUGUCGGAUGCCCGACAUGGGUGCGGGAAGAAGAAAUUGAAUUUUAG